UCAGAUUUCCGACAACAUGGAUGAUUUGAUGGACUUUUUUGAUUUUUCAAAGGAGUUUAGCCGCGGACCAGCACCAAAAGGCUGUAUAACUGGCGACCCGACAGCGUUUACUACAGAGACUAUAGAUUCUAAGCCGAUCAAGCGGGAGAUAAUAGGCAAAGAUUAUGUACAUGAAAUUGUUGAGAAAGAGAAGCACCUAAUGAACAAACUUGCAGACGGAUACAAUACAUCGAAAAAUAAGAGAACUCUCGAUGAACUGGACAGCGAUGAUGACGAAGUGCUAAUGAAAGACCUGCCCAGCGUGCGUUCUGAUGAAGAAUAUUACAAGAAGUAUCGAUUCGAUUUAAAUCGUAACAAAAAUCUGCCCAUUUACGAACAACGUGAGGAGAUUCUAGAAGCCAUAAAGGAAAAUCCAGUGGUAAUUUUGAAAGGCGAAACCGGCUGUGGUAAGACUACUCAGGUGCCGCAAUAUAUUCUGGAUGAGGCAUUCAAACGGCGCGAAUUUUGUAAUAUUGUCGUUACGCAGCCACGCCGCAUUGCAGCCAUUUCGAUUGCCAAUCGCGUGUGCCAGGAGAGAAAAUGGCAACCGGGUACUGUGUGCAGCUAUCAGGUGGGAUUACAUCGCCAAUCGAAUCUGGAGGACACGCGUCUAUUGUACUGCACUACAGGUGUUUUGCUCAACAAUCUUAUACGAGUCAAAACGCUAACCCAUUACACACAUAUCAUACUGGAUGAGGUGCACGAGCGUGAUCAGGAUAUGGAUUUCUUAUUGAUCGUGGUGCGCCGCUUGUUGGCACUUAACUCACGCCAUGUGAAAGUCAUCUUGAUGUCGGCCACAAUUGAUACACGCGAGUUUUCAAAAUACUUUGCCAUGAGCUCAUCAUUUCCCCCCGUGGUGACCGCUAGCCAUGGACGCAAAUAUCCCCUUGUCAAAUUCUAUCGCGAUCAGUUGAAGAAUAUACACUGGAAGGAUGAGCCCCAACAGACCACACCAGGCAUCGGACCUGAGGGCUAUAACGAUGCCAUUAAACUACUUUUAGUCAUUGAUAAUAUGGAGCGUAAGGCCGAUAAUCAAUCUCAGCAGUCCUAUGAAGAAGCAAAGCGAACCGGCGCUGUGCUGAUCUUUCUGCCUGGUAUCAACGAGAUUGACACAAUGGCGGAACAUAUUAGCCGAAUCGUCGAUGAAAACCCUAACUUUAAAGUUAGUAUUGUGCGCUGUCACUCGCUCAUGUCACCCGAUUCGCAGGAGGAAGUUUUUCUGCCUCCUCCUCUUGGCCAUCGCAAGGUCAUAUUGACAACCAACAUUUCGGAGAGUUCUAUUACAGUGCCAGAUGUUUCCUAUGUAAUUGAUUUUUGUUUAACCAAGGUUCUGCACACCGAUACGGCCUCCAAUUUUAGCAGCCUGCGUUUGGAGUGGGCUUCUAAGGUAAACUGCCGUCAACGUGCUGGACGCGUUGGCCGCCUACGUAGCGGACGCGUUUAUCGUAUGGUGACUAAAGCCUUUUAUACAAAUCAUAUGAAUGAGUUUGGCAUACCAGAAAUGCUUCGAUCGCCGCUCCAAAAUUCGGUACUAAAAUCCAAAGAACUCGAAAUGGGCAAGCCGAGUGAGAUUUUGGCCCUAGCUAUGUCUCCGCCUAAUCUUUCUGACAUACAAAACACUGUGUUGCUUCUCAAGGAGGUGGGCGCCUUGUACAUGACCGUUGAUGGUGUAUAUGAGGAGCUUGAUGGCGAUCUUAGCUUUUGGGGCAAAAUCAUGUCCAAAUUUCCACUAGACGUACGUCUCAGCCGGUUGAUUAUACUGGGAUAUGUCUUCAAUUGUCUGGAUGAGGCUAUUGUCAUUGCGGCUGGAUUGACUGUGCGAAGCUUGUACCUGACUGAAAAUCGUGGACAGAUGAACGAGGCAUUUUGGAUGCACUACAUAUUUGCUGAUGGUUCCGGCUCAGAUAUGAUUGCCAUUUGGCGCGUCUAUAGCAUAUAUCUGAACAUGUGCCAGGAUCGCAUGCUUAAGGAGUCGGCACAGCAAUGGGCCAGGCGCUUUAACGUAAACUUACGUUCGCUUAAGGAGAUGCACUUGAUGGUACAGGACUUGCGCCAGCGAUGCGCAACUUUGAAUAUUCAGUCCUUGCCUUAUGGCGCCUGCCAUAUGUGGGAUGAUCGUGAGAAGUCUAUAAUUCUAAAGGUAAUCAUCGCUGGAGCGUUCUAUCCCAAUUAUUUUAUGCGUAGCAACAAAGCGAAUGCCGAUUACGAUCGAAGCUUAUACCAAACUAUAUGCGGUAAUGAUCCAUGUCGCACCGUUUACUUCACCAAUUUUGAGCCGCGCUACAUGGGCGAGCUAUACACACGACGCAUCAAGGAACUGUUUCUAGAGGCGAAAAUCCCACCCGAAAACAUUGACGUCACCUUUCAGCACGGAUCAGAAAAGUUAUUUGUAACGUUCAAACCAGACGAUGAGGAUACGGAUACCACAAAGGUCGUGCAGGUGCCGGGUCGUGUCAUGACCGAGGUAUAUAAAGCAGUGCGAAUGCGUCUUGACAAUCCAAAUCGUCCACUGCGCGUUAUGGAUCAAAACUCAGCAUUUAAGUAUAUCGAGCAGAAUCGAAUUGGUGUAAUUAGCGACUGUACCUGGGUGCCGCCAUCAAAUCAAUGGCCUGUAGAGCUACUCACCUUGCCAUCCGUAUUUGACAAGACCAUCUUUGGACUGAUAACCCAUGUUGUCAAUUGUGGCAAGUUUUAUUUUCAGCCACAAGAGCUUGCCGAGCGUAUUGCGAGCAUGUCAGAGAUAUUCAAUAGAUCCUUGCACCUCAGCUGUUACGUACAGAACGCGAAGGCAGUUACGAAGGGUCUGCAAUUGUUGGCAAAGCGGGGAAGCCUUUACCAGCGCGCAGUAGUACUAAAGGUUGAGACUCAGAUAAAUGGUUAUCCAAGGUUCCGUGUGCGCUUUAUUGAUUAUGGUGAUAUGGCAGUCGUGCCCAUAGAUAGGCUGCGUCUUAUGUCGCCUCAGUUAAAACGUGACUUUGAGCGUUUGCCGCCGCGUAUGUUUGAAUGCCGCUUGGCAUUGGUGCAGCCGUCGUCAGUGGCCAGCUCCUAUAAUCUCUGGCCCCAGCGCGCCAACGAAAUGUUGAUUUCGGUUGCCAAGUCCGGGCGGGUCGAGCUAGAGAUUUAUUCGCUGGUCAACAAUGUAGCUGCUGUUUUGAUACACACGCGCGAUGGAGUGCUGAACGAAAUGCUGGUGGAGCUUCAAUUGGCUCGACGUGCCGACGAGGACUAUAUGUCACGCAAGGAUCACGAUACGCGAUUGCGUAAGCAGGAGACCAAACGAAAUGUUUCGAUUGCAGACCAAAGACUCAUCAAUGAAGAGUAUUUACGUUUUGCUCAAUUGCCAAAGGAUGCGGACUUAGAGCCACCGCCUCUUAAUAAAUGCAAUCUUAGCAUACGUCUCAAAGGCCCAUACAGCCCGCUCGAGACCAGCUUGAAUUCCUUGCUCCGCAUUGGCACGUAUAAGUCGGUGUUAAUUGACAAGGAAUCUGUCAAUUCAGUCCUAUUGGAUAGUGAUCCACAGGAUCGUCAUGACCAAAUGGUAGUGGCUGCCUCCGUGACUGAAUCUUCGGACAAUUUGACGGCUCGUGGAACAACUCUGAUGCCCAACAUACAUGGCUUUGGUGCUCUCAUGGCCAUGCUUUUCUGCCCGACCAUGCAAAUCAAAUGCAACGAGGAUCGUACAAGGUACAUAUCUAUAUUAGCAGGACUCGGAUAUAAUCCCGACACUAUGCAGCCGCAUUUUGAAGAGCACGACAUGGUCAUCAAUUUGGAUGUGACUAUAGUUAAGGAUGAUAUUCGUAUUAUAAACCAAAUGCGUUAUAAUAUUGACAGUAUGUUUUACAAUUUCGAUGUCAACGAAAUGCCCUCUGUGGGAACGGAGGAUCGCGUAGUAAUAUUCAAUCAGUUGCGAUCUCUGCUUAUUCGUCUGCUCGGCAAGGAUCGGAGUUUCAUUGAACGUCACCUAUCGAACUCGGAAUACCUUUGGGAGGACAUGUCUGACUUGGAGCCGCCCUCCGAACCAUACGGCAAGCGUGCUAUAUUCCCCUUGCACAGCUCAUAUGAUUUGGAAAGCGAAAAUAUGGCCAAUUUGUUAUCGUUACAGGCGAACUGCAAGGAAUUGUACAGCUGGCGCAACUUCGAGGGUACUAUGCAGCCCAUAAAAUGCAGAUUGUGCAACGAUGUGCUCGAGUCCGUUGUUGAGUUGCGCUUGCAUUUGCUGACCCAACUUCAUCGCGAUCGGGAGAAGCAAGUGGGCUGGAAGCAGAACUAAUUUCUACA